UGUGUUAACCAGUGCCACAUAGAUGGUCAAAAAGGAACCUUCACCGUUUGCACACAGAUUUGAUAAAUACCUCCUCCUCCUCCUAGUAAAUCCCCACACACAACCACCCCCCCAACUUCACACGCACACAUUCAAUAUUGCCAUAACCUACCUCUUCUCUCCUCUUAACUCAGCUCUUUCAGGUCUCCGAAUGGGAAUAAAGCCCAGAACCAACUUCUUCUGCCUUCUCUUUCUCCUGUAUGCAGUCUAUGUUUCAGCUUCUGCCUUUUCUCUGUCAGGUAGUGUAGAUGGAAAAGGCCAACGACCUCCAAAUACUCAUCACUCUGGUGAAGGAAAUUUACAGGAAGUUAGCGGUGGAUCGGACAGAAGUGCAAGAAGGUUGCUGAUUGGUUCCACCGCUCCUAUCUGCACAUACAAUGAAUGCAGAGGCUGUAAAACCAGAUGCAGUGCAGAGCAAGUGCCCGUGAAUGCCAAUGAUCCCAUGAACAGUGCCUACCGUUACAAGUGUGUUUGUCACUGGUAGAUGAGAGGGAAAGCGGGAGAGAACCAAAGAGCCAUUCAAGCGCAAGCAGAUUGCUAUCGUUUAUCUGUUGUAAAAGAGACAAUCAACAUUUAUUGUUCUUCUACAGUUGGGACCAUUAAGGAAUUCCCAUCCAUUUAAUUACCCAGAAAAAUCAGUGCAAGAGCAAAAAGAAUGAUGUUUACAACAAUGUAUGGGAAUUCAUGGUGGUACAUAGAGAAGAUUAGUUAGUUUGAACUUAUGCUGUUCUUCCUUGCUUUUAAUGGUAACGGCGGAUGAAAAUGCAACUUUAUUUGCUGUUUGAUUUA